AUGGUAACCCAUUCAGCUCGCCAACUUUUUCCCGUUUUGGAGCGUUCGAGUAGCCACCAAACUAAUUACCAGCACGUUAAGGGUGACGGCAUUGUUUUAGAGAUUAAUCAGGAAGCCGGAGAACCGGGACAAGAGGUUGACUCCAAGGCGACACCCGCCUAUGCCACUACGGCCAUCACCGUGUUACAUCUGGAUCACAAUCCGAUUGCCACCCGAAUCACCGCUUGCAUUGGAACUGCCUGUGCUGAAGCAAACAAACGUAAGAUCCAGAUCAGCUAUCAUGACCCACAGUCCCUUCACGACAACUAUCCUGAUAUUCCGGUCCACUCCACCUAA